AUGAGCAAACUACGUAAUUUGAACCGUCAACUUAUCUCCAAUAUCAAAAACCAUGAAUUGACCACAUCGACUAAACGAAAUCUCAUACUAUCGAUAUUGAAAUCCACUACGACAAAACGAGAAGCGAAAAAUUACCUUCAGAAGUACCAGAACCAAUUCGAUUUCAACAACAGUGAACCGAGCACAGGAAAGACUAUUUCCGACUCACAGCGGGAACUUCUCGUAGAUCGCUUCCUCAGUGGAAGAUCUUUGCAUCGCUCAUUAUAUGACGAGUCUAAUCAGAAGUUAGAGAAAAUCCCGCUUCGUCUAGCUAUAUUCAAUUUCAAACAGCUAUCAAUUCUGCCUAGGAGCUGGAAGGGCAUCCGCGAGACGUUUAUGCGACUUUUGAACUUGGGCAUUUCUCCAGUGAUAGUGCUUGACUUCGAUCAUGUUCGUAACGAAUCAUUCAAGUACAAUGAAAUGUACAUGAUGAAUCUGCUUAAUCGUGUUAUGAACGCCCUAGAGAAACAUGAAGAUGGUAAUGUUCAAACCAUGCCAUUAUGGUCAAUUUUUACCACCAAGGACAAUCUGAAAACUUUUGAAGUUGGCAGCCUAGAACAAAUACUUGUUCCUCUCUAUCAAGGAAUCAUCCCCAUUGUGAUGCCCAUUGCGUACGACACUAAGACAACGAAACAAACCUUCGCUUCAGCUCAAGAGAUUACGUACUUUCUACUGGGUGCGCUUUCGGAUCUCUCACCAGGUACGCUCUCCAUUGAAAAGAUUGUCUUUAUUGAUCCCAUUGGAGGCAUUCCUUCCAUUGAACGUAACCAGACCAGUCAUGUAUUCAUCAACCUAUCCCAGGAGUAUUCUGAUAUCGUAUCAGAAUUAUUCAUAGGCUACAUUGAACCUGAGCAGCGAGAUCUACAUCUUCAGAAUUUGAAUUAUAUGAACAAAUUGUUGACGUUGACCCGUGACAAAUCAGGAUCUGAUGAUGCAACUGGUAUCAUCACCACACCACACAUCAUGUCGAUCAAUGAUGAUCAGUUGAAUCCGAUAAUUUAUAACGUACUAACUGAUAGGCCCAUCAUCUCCUCGUCCUUGCCGCUGUCGCGAGAUGCAACACCUCAAUUGUCUACUUCGGUGUUGAAAAAAGGAGUUGACGUGAAGGUACUAGAUACCUCCAAUUUUAGCGGUACUUUCACUUUCGACAAUCUUGUACGUGAGGACUGUCUUGACAAGGAUCGCAUGGUUCACUUGCUUAAUGAUUCUUUUGGAAAGAAGCUAGAUGAAGAAGCCUACUUUCGGCGCAUCAACAACUCGUUGGCUACGGUUGUCAUAGCUGGAGACUAUGAUGGAGCGGCAAUCAUUACGUGGGAAAAUGUUGCAGGCUCAGAUAAGAAAGUUGCGUACCUUGAUAAGUUUGCAAUUGCCAAGCGAAACCAAGGACUUCCCGGGUUAGCCGAUGUGAUUUUCAAGGUUAUCCUUCAGUCACAUAGCGGGGAAUUGAUAUGGCGAUCUCAAAAGAAAAACCCAGUCAAUAAGUGGUAUUUUGAACGGAGCCGCGGACUGAUAAGCUCGCUCAAAUCUCCCUGGCGUGUAUUCUACACUGGAACUAUUUUUGACAAGAGAAUCAACAAAUCGAAGCACGGUUCAUCGGGUUUAGAUAUCAAAAGAAAGAUUCACGAGUACAUCGAAAUCGGGGAGAGCAUUCCGGCGUCAUUUACAUGA